AUGGAACUAUUUGCUGAUGUCACUCCAAAAACCGCCGAAAACUUUCGCGCGCUCUGCACGGGUGAAAGAGGACUCGGAGCUUCUGGGAAGGCAUUGCACUACAAAGGCUCAGCCUUCCAUAGAAUCAUCCCAAAUUUCAUGUGUCAAGGUGGGGAUUUCACUAGAGGUAAUGGAACUGGAGGAGAAUCAAUCUAUGGUGCAAAGUUUGCAGAUGAGAACUUCAAGAUCAAGCAUACGGGUCCCGGGGUGCUCUCGAUGGCGAAUGCGGGACCCAAUACUAAUGGGUCUCAGUUUUUUAUUUGUACUGAUAAAACUUCGUGGCUUGAUGGGAAACAUGUGGUGUUUGGGAAGGUGGUUGAUGGGUAUAGUGUUGUGAAAGAGAUGGAGAAAGUUGGAUCGGAUGGUGGUACGACUUCUGCUAAAGUUGUUAUUGAAGAUUGUGGUGAGGUUAAGGAGAACUCUGAAAAGAAAAAUUAG